ACACAAUGGCUGCUCUAAAGAUAGGAAAGGAAACAAAUUUCAGGCCCGCCGCGUCUAGCGAAAAAUAUGAGAAAAAAAUUAUUAAAAAUUCUGGAAAUAGUUGAAAGUCAAGAAAAACACAGCAGAAAGGAUGUCGAAUCGUCCAGGGCUCACGAGUCCUGGUAGUGUUGAGGACAAACAACGGGAUAAGGUGACAACAUCAUGUCCAUGUAACUAGUCUCCUUAGGGUGCCAUGGCGGCGGGACCCCAUGUCCACAUUGAGAAAGACUUGGAGAAAGCCAACCUUGCAGCACCCAUGGGGAGGCGCAGGCGAGGAGAGGGAAAGCCCAAGAAGAAUUUCCCUUGUGAAGACUGCCAGAAAGUGUUCAACAGUGUGGAGAAGCUGAAGGUGCACUCAUACUCUCACACCGGAGAGAGACCCUACUUCUGCUCCCAGCCUGGAUGCACCAAGGCUUUUGUCUCCAAAUACAAGCUGCUCAGGCAUAUGGCAACACACUCGCCAGAAAAAAGCCAGAAGUGUUCAUUUUGUGAAAAAAUGUUUCACCGCAAGGAUCACUUAAAGAAUCACCUUCACACCCACGACCCGUUUAAAGAAGCCUUUGCAUGUCAGGAGUGUGGUAAGAGCUACAACACCAAGCUGGGCUUCAAGCGCCACCUUGCCCUUCACGCUGCCAAUAGUGGAGAUCUCACCUGCAAGGUGUGUCUGCAGACAUUCCCCAGUACUGGGGUGCUUCUGGAACACCUCAGAAGCCACGCUGGCAAGUCCUCUGGUGGGACCAAAGAAAAAAAGCAUCAUUGUGAUCAUUGUGAGCGGCAGUUUUACACCCGUAAAGACGUACGGCGCCACAUGGUGGUUCACACAGGACGUAAGGACUUCCUUUGUCAAUACUGCGCCCAGCGCUUUGGUAGGAAAGACCACCUGACACGGCAUGUUAAGAAGAGUCACGCUCAAGAGCUGCUGAGGGUGAAAAAUGAGCCGGCUGAUUUGGUGGAGCCUGUGGUGUAUGACUUGAUGGCUGAGAGCAUUCAGGCACAACUCCCAGCCAUGUUGGCAACAAUGCCACAUCAGCACAUUUAUACCAACCCACUCCUGGACUCAGAGCCCCUCCCUAAGCCUGUAUUAAGUAAAUACCCAUUAGGCUCCAACAUGACCUCAUACGCUGUCUCCUCACAGGAACGGGAGCAGAACCUAAAGGGAGAACUGGAGAGCUACCUAAUGGAGCUACAAAGCAGCAUGCCCUCAUCAUCUUCGGCAUGCCAACAUCAACUCUCUGCCUGCAAACUGGAGAUGGAGCCUCAUGUGGGCAUGCUGGAAGAGUCAAGUCAGGAAAGAUCCUUGUCCAGGAUUCCCACAUCCACGGCAACAUGCGACUCGCUGGCCUCAUCAUCAUCCCUGUUGGACUUCUCACAGCUUUUCAAUUUUCUACCGAUAAAUGGACCUCCAUACAACCAGGCAGGGGGCAGUGGGGAGCAGCAUACGCUGAACCAAGACAACACACCUCUCCGACUGUCCCCACAAUCCUCCAAACCAACCACACUACCCCGCUUCCAUCAGGCUUUUCAGUGAUCCAGUAAGUUUAAGCUUGACACAUAUGUGUACAAACAUACAUGUAUGCAUACAUACAAUACAUAUAUACAUGCAUACAUACACACAUACAUGCGCUGUACAUACAUAGGCAUGCGUACAAUGUGUGCAUACAUACACGCUUACAUAUAUACAUACACACGACAUACAUAUAUAAAACACAUAUAUAUACGUAUGUGUUCAUACAUACAUAUAUGCAUGAAUACAAUACAUAUAUUUAUACAUACUUGCGUUCAUACAUACAUUCUUCCACAGUUUAUUGGAGCUCAGUACAACAAUUUUGUGUGGGCUGUACAAGACCUAUGCAGCGGUGUCUAAAGUGUGGCCCAGGUGCAAUUCACAGCCUACAGCUCAUUUUUAUUGGCACACGGCAUGCACAUUGAAACACUGAAAGAAAUCAUCAUAAAAGACCAAAAAAACUGAUUAGGAUGAUUUCAAUUGAUGAGCAAGUCAUGUUCAGUAGCUAGUAGCCACAUCUGCCUUAGCUGUUGCUUCAAAUACAAAUGUAGGACAGUAUAAAAUUGCAUUUUCAAAAUCAGCUGUCAUCUGGCCUGAUAUAUUAUCACUUACGAUUCAUAAACAUGUAAAUAUACACCUAAAUGGUCAGUUUAUUUUUUUUAUGUUGCCAUUAAGAGAAGUUUGAAAUGGUCAUAGUUGAUGAAAUGGUUACAGUAUUAGAAAGCCACCACGGAAAUGUGUGUGCAUAACAACAGGUUUAUUACUUGCUAAAUGUAGGUUUUUGUGUUAUUACAUGUUAUUACUGUGUAGUACAUGUCACAUUGUAAAAUAUAUUGUUUAUAAACAACAUGACCUCUCUUGUUUGUGCUGGACAUCCAUUCUGAUAUUCAAAAUGUUGCAUUCAGUCAUUCUCAUUGUUCCUUCAACCAUUUGCACUUUUGAGUACACCAAAAACUCUCCUUGCAGUUUUUCUCAGGUUUUUUUCAAUCCAUUGAUGAACUGUAACGUGCCGCAGCCUGACUAUGAAUGUCCUGUCACAUUCAACCACACUAAUACUUCAUAGUAACUGUAAUAAUAAUUGUAUUAUUAUUAUUAUGAUAAUAAUAAAAUAAAGUGGUACGGUAAAAACAAGAUUUUCAAACAAUUCAAGUAGGUACAUAAAUAGAUCUAAUAUUUUAUGUAUAUUAAAAGCACCACCGCUUAUAAGCUAGUAGUUCAAAGUACUUCAUAGUAAUAGUAGUCCACGGUGAUAGUAAUUCGUAGUAAUAGUAUGUAAUAGUAAUAGCACUCCAUAGUAAUAGUAAUUCAUAGUAAUAGUGGUAACCUUAUAUGUAAUAUUCAACCAUAUAUGUAAUAUUUAAUAUUAUAUGUGAUAUUUAACCUUAUAUGAAAUAUUCAAGAUUCAAGAGUUUUAUUGUCAUAUGCACAGUAAAACAGGUAGUUUUCAAUACACGAGCAACAGCUCUGGUUGACAUUCCUGCUAUCAGCAUGCCAAUUGCACUCUCCCUCAAAUCUUGCGACAUCUGUGGCAUUGUGCUGUAUGAUAACACUGCACAUUUCAGAGUGGCCUUUUAUUGUGGGCAGUCUAAGGCACACCUGUGCACUAAUCAUGGUGUCUAAUCAGCAUCUUGAUAUGGCACACCUGUGAGGUGGGAUGGAUUAUCUCAGCAAAGGAGAAGUGCUCACUGUCACAGAUUUAGACAGAUUUGUGAACAAUAUUUCAGAGAAAUGGUGAUAUUGUGUAUGUGAAAAAGGUUUGAGAUCUUUGAGUUCAUCUCAUAAAAAAUAGGAGCAAAAACAAAAGUGUUGCAUUUAUAUUUUUGUUGAGUAUAUGCAAUAUCUCGCAAGAUUUGAGGUGUACCCCGCCUGUCGCCCGAAGUCAGCUGGGAUAGGCUCCAGCAUGCCCCCGCGACCCUAAUGAGGAUGAAGCGGUAUAGAAAAUGGAUGGAUGGAUGGAUAUGCAAUAUCUAAGUAUAUAUGCAAUAUCUGACCUAAUAAAUAUUUAAUAUUGUAUGUAAUAAGUAAGUGAUAUUUCACCUUAUAUGUAAUAUUUAUAUAACUAUAAUAGAAUUCAUUAAUUCAUUAUAUUCAUGAAUAUGAAUAAUGUUUUUUAGGAAUAAUAAUGCUAGAUUAAAUGUUUGACAGUUAACAGUAAUAUAUUCGUAUUUACCCAGUGAAAUGAUUGACAUGACUUUUGUUUGCCUUUCUUUCCAUUGUUUUCCUCAACGAUGGCUUUGGUGAGCAAGCAUGGAGACAUGUCCAACUUUCCAAGACAUGAAAUGAUAUGAAAGAUUUCAAUGUGUUAUCUUUCAAAGCAUUUCCACAAGUCUAUGAUUAAGGUUUGUGGUUUGACAUUUUAGCACUUUUUGUAAAUGAAUGUAUUUUCUCCACAAAUGUAUAGAAUAGAUAACAUGUACAUUCAGUGUUUUUUUUUU